CGCGCGGAGGAGGGGGCGGGGGCAGCGGCGGCUGUAGCGGCCGCGACCUGGGCGGGCGGACUAGUGUGACGGGCCUCUGGGCCGCUGUGGAUGGUUUCUAAAAUGAUCAUUGAAAACUUCGAGGCCCUCAAGUCCUGGCUCAGCAAGACUCUCGAGCCCAUCUGUGAUGCAGAUCCAUCAGCCCUGGCAAAAUAUGUUCUUGCUUUGGUAAAGAAAGACAAAAGUGAAAAAGAGUUAAAGGCGUUAUGUAUUGAUCAACUGGAUGUAUUUCUUCAAAAAGAGACACAGAUAUUUGUGGAAAAACUUUUUGAUGCUGUGAAUACAAAGAGUUAUCUACCUCCUCCAGAGCAGCCAUCAUCAGGAAGCUUAAAGGUAGAAUUUUUUCAGCACCAAGAAAAAGAUAUAAAAAAAGAAGAGAUCACAAAAGAGGAAGAGCGAGAGAAGAAGUUUUCUAGAAGGCUAAAUCACAGUCCCCCUCAGUCAAGCUCCCGAUACAGAGAAAAUAGAAGUCGUGAUGAGAGGAAAAAAGAUGAUCGUUCUCGCAAAAGAGAUUAUGAUCGAAACCCUCCUCGAAGAGAUUCAUACAGAGACCGGUACAAUAGAAGACGAGGGCGAAGUCGCAGUUACAGCAGGAGUCGGAGUCGAAGUUGGAGUAAAGAGAGGCUUCGUGACAGGGAUAGAGAUAGAAGCAGGACUAGAAGCAGAAGCAGGACCCGAAGCAGGGAAAGGGAUCUGGUAAAACCUAAAUAUGACCUGGAUAGAGCAGAUGCAUUAGAAAACAAUUAUACUCCAGUCUCUUCGGUACCUAAUAUUUCAUCUGGCCACUACCCUGUACCUACUUUGAGCAGCACUAUUACAGUAAUUGCUCCUACUCAUCAUGGUAAUAAUACUACCGAAAGUUGGUCUGAAUUUCAUGAAGACCAAGUGGACCAUAACUCGUAUGUAAGACCACCAAUGCCAAAGAAACGGUGUAGAGACUAUGAUGAAAAGGGUUUCUGUAUGAGAGGAGACAUGUGCCCUUUUGAUCAUGGAAGUGACCCAGUAGUUGUAGAAGAUGUCAAUCUUCCUGGUAUGCUGCCUUUCCCAGCACAGCCUCCUGUUGUUGAAGGACCACCUCCUCCUGGACUCCCUCCACCACCACCAAUUCUUACACCCCCACCUGUGAAUCUGAGACCCCCAGUGCCACCGCCAGGCCCAUUACCACCCAGUCUACCACCUGUCACAGAUGAUAUUUCUUAUUCUUUGGUUUUGACAGGACCACCACCUCCACUUCCUCCUUUGCAACCAUCUGGCAUGGAUGCUCCCCCAAACUCUGCAACCAGCUCUGUUCCUACUGUGGUAACAACUGGCAUCCAUCACCAGCCUCCUCCUGCUCCACCCUCUCUUUUUACUGCAGAUACAUAUGACACAGAUGGCUACAAUCCUGAAGCCCCAAGCAUAACAAACACUUCCAGACCAAUGUAUCGACACAGAGUGCAUGCGCAAAGGCCUAACUUGAUAGGACUAACAUCAGGGGAUAUGGAUUUGCCACCCAGAGAAAAGCCUCCUAACAAAAGCAGUAUGAGGAUAGUAGUGGAUUCAGAGUCAAGGAAAAGAACCAUUGGUUCUGGGGAGCCUGGAGUUCCUACAAAGAAGACUUGGUUUGAUAAACCAAAUUUUAAUAGAACAAACAGCGCAGGCUUCCAGAAAAAGGUUCAGUUUGGAAAUGAAAAUACCAAACUUGAACUUAGAAAAGUUCCUCCAGAAUUAAAUAAUAUCAGCAAACUUAAUGAGCAUUUUAGUCGAUUUGGAACCUUGGUUAACUUACAGGUUGCCUAUAAUGGUGAUCCUGAAGGUGCCCUUAUCCAAUUUGCAACAUAUGAAGAAGCAAAGAAAGCAAUAUCAAGUACAGAAGCAGUGCUAAAUAAUCGCUUUAUUAAGGUUUAUUGGCACAGAGAAGGAAGCACCCAGCAGUUACAAACUACUUCUCCAAAAGUAAUGCAGCCUUUAGUCCAGCAGCCCAUUUUGCCUGUUGUGAAGCAGUCAGUCAAAGAGCGGUUGGGUCCCGUACCUUCAAGUACUAUUGAACCAGCAGAAGCCCAGAGUGCCAGUUCAGAACUUCCUCAGAAUGUAACUAAGUUAUCUGUGAAGGACAGGUUGGGUUUUGUAUCAAAGCCAUCUGUUUCAGCAACUGAAAAGGUGUUGUCUACAUCUACUGGCCUAACAAAAACGGUGUAUAAUCCAGCUGCUUUGAAGGCUGCACAAAAAACCUUACUUGUUUCCACCUCUGCAGUUGAUAAUAAUGAAGCACAGAAAAAAAAACAGGAGGCACUGAAACUUCAGCAGGAUGUAAGGAAAAGAAAACAAGAAAUUUUAGAAAAGCACAUUGAAACACAGAAGAUGUUAAUUUCAAAACUGGAGAAAAACAAAGCAAUGAAGUCUGAAGAUAAAGCAGAAAUAAUGAAAACUUUAGAGGUUUUGACAAAAAAUAUUACCAAGUUGAAAGAUGAGGUCAAAGCUGCUUCUCCUGGACGCUGUCUUCCAAAAAGUAUAAAAACCAAGACUCAGAUGCAGAAAGAAUUACUUGACACAGAACUGGAUUUAUAUAAGAAGAUGCAAGCUGGAGAAGAAGUCACUGAACUUAGGAGAAAGUAUACCGAAUUACAGCUGGAGGCUGCGAAACGGGGGAUUCUUUCAUCUGGUCGUGGUAGAGGAAUUCAUUCAAGAGGUCGAGGGGCAGCUCACGGCCGAGGCAGGGGUCGAGGUCGAGGUCGAGGUGUGCCUGGUCAUGCUGUGGUGGAUCACCGUCCCAGGGCAUUGGAGAUUUCUGCAUUUACAGAGAGUGAUAGAGAAGAUCUUCUUCCUCAUUUUGCGCAAUAUGGUGAAAUUGAAGAUUGUCAGAUUGAUGACUCUUCACUUCAUGCAGUAAUUACAUUCAAGACGCGAGCAGAAGCUGAAGCAGCUGCAGUUCAUGGAGCUCGUUUCAAAGGGCAGGAUCUAAAACUGGCUUGGAAUAAACCAAUAACUAAUAUUUCAGCUGUUGAAACAGAAGAAGUUGAACCUGAUGAAGAGGAAAUUAUACCUUUGUCCUUCCAUGAGUUUGAAUUGAAUGGGGAGAAAAGCAGGAGAGCUCCUGGUAUUAGUUUCAGGAAGAGUCUUUGGUGGAUGACUCAUUACUUCAAGAUGAUGAUGAAGAAGAAGAGGACAAUGAAUCUCGCUCUUGGAGAAGAUGAUUUGACUGAUCAUUGAUCUGCAUAUGAUAGAACUCUACCUGUGUUUCAUUAGUAUUAUCUAAUGUACUUUUACAUAUUUGUAAAAACAAUUUUUGGUAAAAUGUGAUGAAGAUGGAUUUCACAAAUAGACAAAAGAGAAGAAAACUACCUUCUGAAUCCUGUAUUUUGAAAGAUUGAUGUUUGCCUUUUAUUUCAGUAAACAAUUGGUAAAGACAUCACACUAGAAACAUAUGCAAUGUUUUUAUUACAUACUUCUACUGAACAUUACAGAAUUCUUUGGGUUCUUUGUAAUUUAAUGAAUAGGUCUGAAGACUUAAUGACCAAUACUUGUUAUAACUUAGAGGAUUUUGUUUUACUCCAAAUAAGGAAUGAAUUUGCAUUUAAAAUCUUAAUGAAUGUUUUCAAAAAUGAGUAGGUAACAUAGUACUCUAACUAAAGUCUCCAAGUUAUGUAUUCAUAAUAUUACAUAGUAGUAUGCUUAGGCUUUACUAUGUAUUAGCCUUUUGUUGGACUUGUGUAUGUAUUUUACCAUAUGGGUUUUAAUGAUAACGGUGUAUGACUGCUUUGCAUUUGAGUCCUUAUGCAUUCAGAUGUUAAAAAUAAAGUGGAAUGGUCUCUUGAAAAGAAAAGAAAAGAAAAAAGCAAUGACAAAAAAAAAAAGACAAUGUUCCUUGAUUUAAAAAAAGAAAAAAAAAAAGAAAAGAAAAAAAAGUUAAAAUAAAUAGACCAUUCCAGAUGGUGAUCUACCCUUCCCCCCAAUUAUCACAAAAGGAGCUAUAAUCACUAACUUAUUCUUAAUAAUAAUAAUGGUUACCAGUACCUUUACAAUAAUGUUCAAUCCAUUGUUUAAAAUUUAUACCACUUCAGUUUGGUUUGAUCCUAUAAACUUUCAACAGAUGUCUUAAAUUAAAAGCAGGCUGAUUAGUUUGGAACCAGACUUCAAGUAGAACUAACAUUUGGUGAAUAAGAAAACAUCACAUUACAUUUUGGAUGUAUGAAAGAAAACUUGACCAUUUGAAGAUGUAUGAAUAAAGAAAUGUACUAUAGAUACUACUUUAGGAAAACACUGUUUGUAGUCGUGAAAGAUGCCAAAUUGGCAGAGGCUCACGUUUCUUCUCUUUACACCAAACAGAACUGUUUUAUGGGGACUGUAUUUUCAGUCUUACUUGGAACACUAAUCACUGGCUCUAAGGGUUACAAAAAGAAGGCAAACAGUUGCUUGUUUGCAGAAAGAGAUCAUCAUUGCCUGAAUUUAGCUUUGUGACUACAACAGCAAGACCUGUUCCUGUCUGGAGACGACUGUUAUAAUAAUGUGAUACUAUCGUUUUAUGUUUGCCCUUUAUCAUUUUGAAUAGAUGUUUACAUGUACCAUAAUUAGCAUUCUAUCUUUACAGUUCUUUUAGGGUACAUCUGAGUCCAGAAGUAAAUCUGAUUGUGUGCUUUGUCUGACCUUAUUCUUAAAUGUUUUCUCCCCUUUAUAGCCAUUUAUUUUUAAACAGUCUAAGAAGGAAAAAAAAGAAAAUCCUCUUGGUUUUCCUAACAUGAGAUAAGUUUUCAGUCUCAGCCAAAUUGAAAUUGUGUCUAGGAAGUCUAUAAAGCCAUGAUACUGUGUUCAUUAGCAUGAACAAUUUAGAAUGAUGAAAAUGAUUAAAAAGUUAAACCUUGGUUUGGCUUUAAUUUUCCUGGGUUUUUAGGAUACAUUUCUGGAGUUAGGAUAGUCACUUAAAAUAAUUUUGAACAAUUAGUAAAAUACUUUUUUCACAUGGUGAUAACUUGCCUGUGUCUUCUAAAUAUACUUACUGAAGUCACUGCCAAGGCCACUUACCCAAAUAAUUUUUUUAAAAAUUCUUAACUCUUCAAAAUAAACAUGGAGAAUAAUUUUCUUUCUUUUCAAGUAGUAUAAAAUGAUCUGUGGAUUAUAAAGAUUGAGAAAUAUCUGUUAAAUGUCUAAUUUACAGAGUUUUUCCUUAUUUUCCUCAGUUGCAACCAAGACAUAAAAGACAAUUUUUAAAGCAAGGGGAAGUAGUGUUGUGUGUCUAGCAUUGUUAAAAACUAUAGUUUUCUUGCCUUAAAAGGUGUAUGUCCGUAUUAUUUAUUUAUAAGCAAUAUGGCUUGGAAUUAUUUAUAAAGAGUGUGAUUAAAUUUUAUUCUAAAUAUUCACCCAAAAUACCCUCUUUAUAAUGGGCACCAUAAAGUUUUCAGAAAAUUAAUUUCUUAGUAUUCCUUCAUAGAUUCUCAUUAGCAUUUGAGAAGUCAGAAGUUUACUUGAUAGCAACUCUUAUUAGAAAAGUCCAAAUUAUACUUGCUUCUUUUCUCCCUUAUUUUUUUUAUUUUUAUUUUUUUUUUAGUUCCAUUAAGCCAUGCUCAUAUUUUCACCUUUUUGUGCAAAGUUAACUAUUCUGCAAGCACUUUUUCUUGAGUAUGCAUUGCAUUUGUCUUCAUGAAAAAAAGAAUGAACCCGUCAGACAUAAUGUAAGUUAUCUAUUUUGAUCCAUGUUAGUUGGAGACAGCAUGGUUAAUGUAGGCUUGGUUUAAAGGAAGGUCUUCUUAACAUAAUUAUGACCUUAUAGCCUACAGGGCAUUUUAAAAAUUGGACUUCUCUUUUAGUUCACAUUUGCGAACAAACAUAUAGCUGAUGGGAGUUCACAAAUAUUUUCCCAGAUUAGUUCAGUAGUUUUUUUCUUUUUAAGGAAAGGUUCUCUGCCUGUGUAAUAGAAUAGUUCUAACCUGCUGGGCUAAAAACCCAAAAAACAUUCUCUGAAGAGACCAUACUUGCUGUUAACAGUUUUGGUUGGUUAAUAGAUGUGGAUCAUAUCCCACCACUCUCAAUUUUAUUUUGUCAUCUUCCCCCUCCACCAC